UCUGUUUUGACGCGUAUUUUUUGAAUCGACCAGAAAACGGCUGUUGCGCGAAUCCCGACCCGUCAUUCCGACACGUUUUCCCGACAUUUCGUCUGUCCUCUGGGCAAACUACUAAAAAACCCUGCACUGUUUGGCGCUCUGCGAUGAGGAAGAGUGAGGUGCUCGCUGCAGAGGCAGUGUCAUGCCUAAAUAAAGCCCUGUGCCAGCUGAAGGACAUCUGGGAGGAGAUCGGCAUCCCUGAGGAACAGAGGCUAGAGAGGACGAAUGUGGUCAAAACUCACAUCAAAGGUCUUCUGGACAUGAUGAUUGCUGAAGAGGAGAGUCUAAGGAAGCGCUUGAUGAGCAGUAUCGAGACUUGUCGUAAAGAGCUGCAUAAAGUGUGCCUGGAGCUGCGGCUCCCUCCAUAUCAGGAGGAAAAAGGAAACACAAUGCUCCAGCAAGAGAAAGAUAUACGAUCCUGUCUGGAGGUUAUGUUAAAACAGAAAAGUCAGCGAAUGCAGACGCUCAAAACCCUCGUGGAGCAGGAUCAGGAUCUCUGUGAUAUUCUCUGCUUGGAGCCGUUCUCCAUCAGUGCGAGCGAAGUCCCUUCCCUGGAACAACUGGAACGUUUCGGACAACACAUUGCACAACUGAGGGCCGAAAAGGACCAAAGACACAGCAAGUUUGUUGAGCUAAAGAAAAAAAUAAUACUUUGUAUGGACGAUCUGGAUGAACUUCCCGAGACCAGUUUUGAAAAAGAUAUCGUCUGCGAGGACGAGGAGGCUUUUUGUCUCUCCAAAGACAACAUCGACUCCCUUAAAGUUCUCCUUCACCAGCUGGAGAGCAGGAAAGCUGAGAACGAGCGGAUCUGCGGGGCCUACCGAGAAAAGAUCCAGGAGCUCUGGGACAGGUUGCAGAUCUCACAGGAGGAUCGUGAUGCCAUAGACGAGCACAUGACCACGUCCAAGAAAAGGAACAUGGAAGCCUUGCAAACUGAAGUCAGACGUCUCGAGGAACUGAAGCUUCAAAACAUUCAGGAUCUCACAAAGGCUCUUCGAGAGGAUAUUUCAGUGUUCUGGGAUAAAUGCUUCUACAGCACCGAUCAGCGCCAGGCUUUCCUGCCCUACUUUGACGAUGAUUUUAGCGAAGAACUUCUGAACUCGCACGAGUCCGAGAUUCAACGCCUGAAACAACAUUACGAAGAUCAUAAGGAGCUUUUUGAAGGCGUUCACAAGUGGGAGGAGAGCUGGAAGCUUUUCAUGGAGCUCGAAAAAAAAGCCACGGAUCCAUCCAGGUUUACCAACAGAGGAGGAAACCUUUUAAAGGAGGAGAAACAAAGAUCAGACCUGCACAAAGGCCUUCCUAAGCUGGAAAAGAAGCUGAAAGACCAAAUCGAGCACUGGGAGCAAGAGCAAGGCAGAGAUUUCCUGGUGCAAGGUCAGAAGUUCAUGCAGUUUGUUUCUGAGCAGUGGGAACUCUAUCGACUGGAGAAGGAGCGGGAGAAACAGGAGCGGCAUUUGAAAAAGAAUAAACAGACGGAGGAAGACAUGCUGUAUGGUACUGCUGUACGGUCACCGAACAAACGGAGAUUUUUGGGCAGUAUGACCCCUUGCAAGGCACGAAAGCUAAAUGCCACCUCCAGCACCACCACCACCACCGGCACUUCUAACAGCACUAUGCGCUCUGCAUUCUGUGGAACUGUCUGUCACUCACCCGUGUCUCGCCCUCCGAUAUCAGCCAGCAAGGGUCAUUCCUCAAAGACUCCUGUUCGAGGAAAACCCCCUCAUCAAGCACUGGCGGAACGUAACAAGGAGAACGUGUGUCAUCUUGUCGGCGUGACAAAGACUCCGGCAAGCCCACAGCGCAACUUCAGCAUCACCUCCGUCGCCAGCACCUAUUCUGAGUUCGCGAUGCAAACUCAUGGCAUUCUCAUGAGAGAGUGAAGAAGAAGCAGCCAACAAGCACUCAGCACCUCUGGGAACUCCUUAAGAUUUUUAGGGACGGCUCGAUACCAUAAUUUUGGCUUCGGUACGAUACCAGAAUGUAAAACAUCGGAAUCGAUACUGAGAAAUAACCAGCCUCAAAAGAUAAGUGGAUUGAAAACUAUUUUAUUAAAAUGAUAAUAAUAAUAAAAUCAUGUCUCAAUUCCUUUGCAUUAAACUAUAACAAAAAACCUACAGGACACAUAGGUUACAUUUUAAUGUUGAAAAAAAAACAAAAACAAAAAACAAUUAGUGCAUGAGCAUAUCAAUUUUGGAAGCACUGCCACCUACAGGUGAUAUUUGGAGCAGCAGCAUAUGGAAAACAAAAUUCAGCAAAAUUAUGAUAUCGAACCGUUUAAAAUAUAAUAUAUGCCAGAAUUUUUCCAGUACCGCUAUAGUUCCCUAUCAUCCCUCAUUAAAAUAAGAACAAGAAACAAAAAUAGGAAACAUGUUCUGGUUUUCAUGUCAACAAAAAAACCAACUCAUGAACCAAAGUUUAUUUAAACAAAGCUAUCAAGCUAAUUUUUUUUUCAUUUUUUAUUUCGUUUUUUCACAGUUCUAUGAUUCAGUGACUGCUGUUUUUUUUUUUAUGUAUCGUUUAGGUAUUGGUAUCGUGAUAUUUAAUAUAGGCAUCAUAUCAAAGUCACAAUGUUGGUAUUGUGACACACUAUAUAAAAUAUAUUAUGGGUCAUUUAACACAUUUUUGUUCACUACAUAAUUCCAUACAUGUUCUUUUAAAGUUUGGAUGUCUUCUGUAUUAAUGUACAAUGUUGGAAAUAUUAAACUUAAAGAAAAACCUCUGAAGAAGAACCAACGAGGCGUGUCCAGACUUUUCACUGGUACUGUAGGUCACAUCUGAACAUGCCUUUACAGGCUACAAAAUCUUUUCAUGACAUCUCAUUGAUCCUAACGUUUUUUUUUCAAAAGGAAACCACUGAAUGCAUUCAAACGAGGUUCGUUCAAACAUUUAUUCUAAGUGCAUGCUUAGUUUCCCCACACCUGCUACAGCUCAGCGACUGUGUUUCCAUGUGAGCUGAAUUUCCCUAUGAAUUUUAUUACGGGUUUUGUUUUGGACACAUUUUUGUUUUUAUUUGAGAAGGUUCAUAAUUAACACAUCCAGCCGAACAGCAUUAUGCGGAUUUUCAUGCAGAUUUAGUUUUUUAAUUUUUAGUUUUUAAAUUUAUAUCCUACUACUUGGACCCUCAAACAUGCCCUCUUUCACCCAGUAUAAGCUCUAACACGUUAUUUCGUAGUUAUGUAGAAUUUUCCCUUUUAUAUUUUUGGAUUUUUGACAUUUUAACUUCAUCCCCAUCUCUUGCAGUCUGCACAAACAAUAAAAUACUGUAACAUAUAUAACUAUAACAUACAGCAUAAAUCAGAUGAAACAAAGUGUGUUUGUAUGUAUAUACAUAUGUAUAGAUUGUAUGGUAGAGGUCGACCGAUAGAUCGUACUUGCCGAUAGCACUCCUUCAACAGUACUGGAAUUUAUUACAAAAAUUCCAUAUAAAAAUUCAGUACUGAAUCUUGAAAAUGGGCUGAAUGAAAUAAAUACGAAUGAUAAUUAACUAUAUUAAUAAAUACUGAGGUAAAUAAACGACAUGCAUUUAAACUGAAACAAAAAGUAACACUCCAAAUAAAUAAAAACAGUUACAUCUAAAACGAAUGAAAAAGACAAGUCAAAUAAACAGCAUCAGCGAUUCGCCUCUAGAGGCCGCUCUCAUACCGUAUAACGCAACCCGGAAAAACUAUGGACAAGCAAAUUGGUCAACCUCAACACUUGAAAAUAUGUAUGUAU